UUCCUACCGCAGAGACUGCUGGACGGCGGGCACACGGUGGAUGUACCGUACACAAAGUCACCUAAUGGCCUCCCGUGGCAUUUACCAGUAGUUAGCUCCGCUCAGAACUCGCUUUUUAUCUCAAAGUGCACUGGACGCAACACUAUGAGGUGACUGUUCUGCGGUGAAUAUGGGUCAGAUAGAGGAAGCCAACAUGUCCUACGGUGAUGUCCUCACCUACCACAGAGAAGUGCUGGUGUCCAGGCUGAGGAGCAUUCAGUGCAUCCUGGACAACCUGUCGGCCUGUGGCUUCGUCUGUGAGGAAGAUGUUGAGAUUGUGCAGCAGACAGCCACCAAGACAGAUCAGGUGCGCAAAAUCUUGGACCUGGUCCAGUGCAAAGGGGAGGAGGCCUGUGAAUACUUUAUUUACAUCAUAUAUAAAGUAUGUGAUGCAUACAUAGACCUCCAGCCAUGGCUGAAAGAGAUCAACUACAACCCAAGCAAUGACGUAGCAGUGAUGGAAGUGGUCAACACAGAUCCCAUCAGCAGGUAUAGUGAGAAGUUGAGGCAUGAGAUGAGCCGGGACACCUGCUUCAUCAUGUCAUACGGCCAGAGAGAGGAGACCCGUCUGGAGGAGCUAUACACUGACACACUGAUGGAACUGUUGAACGACUGCAAUGAAAGUCUGGGCUUCUUGGAGAGUCUGGACCAGCUCCUAGGAGACAACGCGGUCUUCAACCCUGAAGGUGAAACCAUCUUUGUGAUGGGGGAUGCGGGUGUAGGAAAAUCCAUCCUACUGCAGAAACUCCAGAACCUCUGGUCCAAGAAAGGGCUACAGACAGACGCCAUCUUCUUCUUCAAGUUCCGCUGUAGGAUGUUCAGAAUCUUCAAGGACACAGAACAGAUCUCCCUCAGAGACCUUUUGUUCAAGUACAACUGCUACCCAGAUCAUGAUCCUGAUAAUGAGGUGUUUGAUUACAUCCUGCGCUUCCCUGAGAAGGUUGUUUUUACAUUUGAUGGCUACGAUGAGAUCCAGGAGGAUCUAGACAUGAUCAAUGUACCUGAAGUGGUCUCACCAGAAGACAAGACACAUCCCCUCCAGCUGCUCAUCAGCUUGCUAUGUGGGAAACUACUGAAGGGCUCCCAGAAGGUGCUGACGGCCCGGACAGGGGUCGAGCUCCAGAGUAGGGUGAUCAGAAAGAAGGUGGCUCUGCGGGGGUUCUCCCCUGCUCAUCUGAAGACCUACAUCAAUCUACACUUUAAGGAGCAGGAGCACCGAGAGCUGGUGUCAGUUCAGCUGGAUGCCAGCCCCCACCUCUGCGGUCUGUGCUCCACCCCUCUGUUCUGCUGGAUUGUAUUGAAGAGUUUUAGGCAUCUGCACACCAUGCAUGAUAGUUUUUAUCUACCUGAAACCUGCAUCACGCUCACUGACAUCUUCCUCCUGCUGUCCGAGGUGUUCCUCAGCCACUCAGCCUCAUCUGCACCAUCCCUGCUGAAGAAGAGCACACGGUGUGCCUCAGAGACAUUCAGACGGGGGCUCAGGCCUCUCGCGGCAUUUGCCAAACUAGCACUCCAGGGUAUGGAGAGAGGAAGCUUCAUUUGCAGCCAGGAAGAGAUCACUGAGUGUGGGCUGACAGAGGAGGACCUGACUCUGGGCUUUCUUCGACCCGUCAGUGAGUAUGAUACCAGUGGAGGCCCUGCUACCUUUGAAUUCCUCCACAUCACCCUCCAGUCUUUCCUGGCGGCAUUCGCUCUUGUGUUGGAUCAGCAGGAUGCUGCCAACUCCAUCCUCAAGUUCUUCACAGAGUGCAGCAGGAAAAGACAACCAUCCUGUCUGCCGUUUGACUUCUGUAUCAAUGCCUCAAAGCCCAGUGAAAAGAAGCCAUUUGACACGUAUGAACACCUUCAGUUCACUAAUCUGUUCUUGAGUGGACUGCUGUCCAAGGCUCACGCCAGCCUGAUAGAGCAUCUGGUAUCUCCUGUCUUUUUAAAGAAAAAACGGGCCUUGCUAAAAUCCUACCUUUCCACCAGUGUGAAGUCCCACCUCCAUGGGUUACCCAGCUACAACGGUGAGGAGGGCAAGAAAGUCCACGUUUUACCCAACUUCCUGUGGAUGCUGAGGUGCAUCUUUGAGACAGGGAGCAAAGACAUCGCUCAGAUGACGGCAAAAGGCAUCACUGCUGGAUUAAUCAAGCUGGGUUACUGUAACGUGUUCUCAGGUGACUGCACUGCCCUGAACUUUGUACUGCAGCACCGUCAGAAGCUCCUGGGGCUUGACAUGGACAACAACAACAUCAGUGACUAUGGGGUGAAGCAGCUGAGGCCCUCCUUUUGUAAGAUGACAGUAGUGAGAUUGUGUGUAAAUCAGCUGUCUGACAGCAGCAUUGAGGUUCUUGCAGAGGAGCUGUGUAAGCACAAAGUUGUGGAGGUCUUGGGGCUUUACAACAAUCACAUCACAGAUGUUGGAGCCAAGCUAGUUGCUCAGAUAAUCGAGGAAUGCCCAAAGCUGCGGGUUGUCAAAAUUGGUAAAAACAAGAUCUCUUCUGUUGGUGGGAAGUAUUUGGCCAGCGCAAUUCAGAAGAGCACUUCCAUAUUUGAUGUGGGCCUGGAUGACGGUCUGGAUGUUUUUGCUUGCAGAAUGUGGGGGAACGGUAUCGGCGAUGAGGGAGCAGACGCAUUUGCAGAAGCUUUGAGGCACCACCCUAGUCUUACCAACCUCAGUCUCUCAGCCAAUGUCAUCACAUCCAAAGGUGGGAAGUGCCUGGCAGAAGCCCUGAAAGAGAACAGUGUCCUCAGGAUAUUCUGGUUAGUGCAGAAUGAGAUGACUGAUGAUGCAGCUCCACACUUGGCUGAGUUGGUCCGAGCAAACACAGGUUUAAGCCACCUCUGGUUAAUCAACAACCAGUUCACUGUGGACGGGAUCAAACACCUCGCUGAGGCCCUCGCUCACAACACAGCACUCAAAGAGAUAUGUGUGAAAGGAAACCAGCUCUCUGAAGAGGAACAGAAAGAGUUUGUGGCAGAGAAAAGGCUGCGGUUCCACUGACUGGCCACUCAUGGGAAACGUGUGUGUUGGGUAAAAUAUGUAUUGCAUGUUCAUCUGCUUUAAUGGAAAUACUGUACAUCCAUUGCAUCAUGUGUGUCAUGUUUCAUGUAGGGGACGUUUACCUGAAACUUUGACAAAUGUUUGGCAGUUUUACAAGACUGGAAAAGAGGAAGUGGAAGCACAGAUGAACAGGAAGAAAACAAAUUGAUGACUUCCUUCUUUAUGAACCUUAGUAUAGACUUUAGGUUCAUGUUUUGUAUGAAUGUGUAAUAACUAUUUAUUAUUUGACUGUUACACAUGGUGUUACUGUUUGUGUGAUAGCUCUACCCUGUGGCAGUUGGUUCCCAUUAAGGGUAAAAAGACUGAUGACACUGACUGUACAUGAACAAACAUGGAGCUUAGUUCAACAAGAAAGACUUCCGUAUUCAUUACUUCCCAUUUUGCUCCUCAUCUCUGUCCCUCUAUACACCUUUUUCACAGCUCAAAUUUUAACUUGUCAAAGCAGGAAACUCAAAACCAAUGAUGGCUCUGUUCCAGUGUUCCAGCAGUCUGUAGUAUGACUGUGAGCCACAUGGACAAUAGCAGUGGCAUUUCUAAACUAUGAAAAAGGCCUAUUAUUCUUCCUCAAUGAACUAUGUAAGGGAACUCCUCCCUGGUUAAUGUGAUCUACAGCUGACAUUCCUCACACAGGAGAAGAUCACUGAUCGUCUACGUUUUAAAGGGGCACUCAAGCCAUUUAUUAAUAUACUUGCAUAAAGCAAGGGAACUUAAGAGAGGCAGACUACAUAAAUGUUCAAAGUAGUCGAGUAGCUGAGUAGUUGGGGUGUCAAAAUAUUGUAUCAAUAUUUUGAAUUGUACUGUAACCGCUGCAUUGUGAUACACAGCCCUACUGAGUUCAAUCCUUAAGUGCCCCUUUUAAUCACCUAUCUGCUGUGGGUAAUUAGACCACAACAAUCAUCAUCAGUCUAGAUGAACAAACUACCCUUUGUUGACUAAACUUUCAUUUCACUAAGCUCCAUGUUUGACAGAUUUGUGUUGGAAAAAGAAGCAGAAUAGGACACUCUUCAGACUGAUUAGACGGCAGAAUUUUUACUUAAAAAUUUGGAUUAGCUUCAAACACAAUAACAAAAAAUGCAAUAAGUACAAGAGAAUGAUUGGUAUUCAAAGAUUUUCACUCUUAAUUUGUUUUGUACACAGUUUUACAGAAAAGGAAUAUUUGUUAGGAUUUUCUGUCAGUUACAUAUUGAACAACACACAUUCUCUGUUACAUUUCAUUAGCUAAUGUCUGUUGGGGCUCAGAACUGGCAAGAAAUAAAUUAUGAAAAUGCUAAAAA